AUGAGUUUGACUGAAAAAUUGGAAUAUAUAAAAAAUUAUACUAAAUUAAAACAGCAAGAAGAAAUUAUAGAGAAGGGUAUUGAAUUAUUUUUGAAUAACAUUAAAACGGAUUCGGAAGUGAUGAAAAUUUUGAAAGAAGAAUAUAACACUUGCAAUGAAAGAAGCAAUGAUGUAUUGUUUAAGCUUUAUGGUGAAAUAAUAGAGUUGAAUACAGAUUUUGAAAAUAUUAAAUCUAUUGUAAAUCAAUUCAAUAAUGGGAAAAUAAUUGAUGUUAAUGAUUGUAAAACUAAAAUGAAUGAAUUAUUAGAAAAAAUGCAAAAGUUUGAAAAAGUAUUCGAUUUAGAAAUUUUGCAAAAAGAACAAAAAGAAUUGGAAGAUUAUUUGUAUGAUUUUAAAGUAAAUCUCAGAAAAUAUGAAACUCAAAAAAAUCUAACUUCAACGAAAUAUAAAGUUAAUCAAUCUUCUGGAAAUAAAAAUAAAAUAAAUACAGAAGAUUAUAGUGAGAUUAAAGAUUUUGAAUCAUUAAUUGCUAAGACAGGUCAUAUGCAAAAUUGGAAAGAAGAAGAUCAUAAAUAUUUUGUACAAAUUAGAAAUAAAAUUAAUGGUAUACCGGCAUUAGUUACGGAAAUUAAAAAAAAAUUUCCUGAUUUAUCAGCUGAAAAAAUAAUUAAUCAUGAAGCAUGGUAUAAAAUUUAUCUUGAAUUGAGAGAAAAGCAACGUUCUAGUGUAAAGUCGUGGCGCGCAAAAAAAGAAUUAGAGAAAAAAGAAAAAAUUGAAUUUAUAAAAAAUAAUGAAUGUAAAAAAUCUAACUCACGAUGCGAAUCGAAGAAUGACAUUGAAUUAAAUGAUAACAAAAGUGAAUCAGCAAAAACGUUAAUAUCUAACAGAGAUAUUAAUAAAAUUGUAGAUAAAAAAAAAGAAAUGAUUAAACAAUGGAAAAUUGAUAAGGCACGAGCUAAAAUUGCAAGUGAAUUGGAAUUAAAAAAUCAAUUAGAAAUUAAACGUAUUUCCCGUGAAAAACAGUUUGCAAAACGAGUUAUGGAAAAUAAAGAAGCCCUUAUUAAAUAUCAAGAAGACAAAAUGAAGAGAAUUGUAAUUUUACCUGACAAAAAUGAAAAAAUUAUAAAAUCACCCUCCAUUGUUAAAAGUUUUAGACGAAAAGAUGAUGCAUUUAUAAACAAAAGAAAACGUCUCCUAGAAUCAAAAAAUCAAAAUUAUAUUAAAUACAAAAUAAAUAAUGACAACAAUGUUAAUAAACUGAAUAAUAUUAAAUCUAACCAUGUAUCGACUUUAAUGAAAUCAACAAUUAUUUGGAAUGAAAAGUGUAAAAAACAGGAAGCAUCAGAAAACCAAAACCCAUUUUUUUACAUUAAAGAUAUUCCAAAAUUAUUGCGACACAAUUGGCGAAAUCAAGAAUCUUUCACUUAAAUUGACGAAGUAUAAAUAUCAUAUAAUUAAUAUUUACAAUAAUU